AUGACAGGAGAUGUGGUUGUUGCCGCGGCAGCAGAGCAGGACAGAUCUGAGACAGUACAACAACUCCUCCUACUCCUACUCCUUCUUUUUAUUCUUCUUCCUUCACCCUCCUUCAUCCGUCCAUCUCUUUUCACCUGGAAAAGCUGCUUCUUCCUCCUCUUCAUCCCCUUCACCUCCAUCACCAUCAGCUGUGGACGGCCAUACAUGGACAUGAAGUAACGACCCUCGGGCGGCUCCUCCCGUCUCGGUGUCCCAGCCGAUGCCCGCCUGACGUCUAUCAGAGACGCAGCGAGACUGAGAUAGAGGAACGGCGAGCGGAAGGAGAGAGAGGGGGAGCAAGAGGAAAAGAGGAAGAAGACGGCUGCAGAUCCAUAAUCUCCACAACACUUAGGGAGGCCACAAUUCUGUCUAUCUUGCAACUUCAGGGAGCAUCAUCACAAUUUAAUAAGAGAGAGGAAGGAGGCAGACAAACUCGUUUUAACACUUUACUGCCUGGAUUUAUAUCUUCUGUUUUUAAAUCCCUGCAGCAAUAAACCUCCAACAGCAAUAUUAAAGAAGCGAUUUAUUAUUGUUUUAUACAGAUCCCACUGCUCCGAACCUCCAAGAAGUGAUAGUUUUCUAUGAACAGGAUUCAUGUUUGGAUCUUUUUUAGGGGAUCAAGAUUGUUUCGUCGUAAACAUUCGUGGCAGUUUCCAAGUUAUAAAAGUGUCAUUUUUAUCCUGAGGUGUGUCUCAUUGGAGCUGGAGGAACUCUGCUUUUAUUUUGGAGAGGAACAGACGGGAAGUGAUGACCAGAAGGACGUCUUGAUCCACAUUCAUUGAAGAAACAAGAGGUUCCUGCUCUUUCACUGGGUUGUCUUUAAUGGCUUGACUCCCAGCUGCCUUCCACCCCUCCAUGCAUCCCUCGUUCCCCAAGCUUACCCCCGUCGACAUGUCUGACCACCACCAAACUCUCACUGCCCCGACAGUUCCAGGAAAUCCACUCAGGUAAAGCAGUGAGACGUUUUCAUCGUCAGCUCCUCCCCCAGCCUCCUCCCUUUCCAGGGCAGGACUCCCAGCACCUCUGCAGGUGAGACGCUCUGAUGCAAGAUGGCGGCCGGUGUGGCGACGUGGCUGCCCUUUGCACGGGCAGCGGCGGUGGGCUGGCUGCCGCUGGCAAAGAAGACAAUGCCAAAACCUCCAAUAGACAACACGUCCAGAUCAGAUGAGAUUCUGUACGUCAACGUCAGCGGGGUCAGGUUUCAGACGUGGAAGAACACUCUGGACCGCUACCCCGACACACUGCUGGGAUCCUCAGAGAAGGAGUUCUUCUUCAAUGAUGACACGCAGGAGUAUUUCUUCGACAGGGACCCCGAGAUGUUCCGACACAUUCUGAACUUUUAUCGCACGGGGAAGCUGCACUACCCCCGGUCCGAGUGCAUCCAGGCGUUCGAUGAGGAGCUGGCCUUCUACGGCAUCGUGCCGGAGAUCAUCGGGGACUGCUGCAUGGAGGAGUACCGAGACAGGAAGAAGGAGAACCAGGAGCGUCUGGCGGAGGACUGUGAGGCCAAUGACGGGACAGAUGCCCCCCUCCCUCCAAACAGCUCCUCCAGGGAGCGUCUGUGGCGAGCCUUCGAGAACCCUCACACCUCCACCAUGGCGCUGGUCUUCUACUACGUCACUGGCUUUUUCAUCGCCGUCUCCGUCAUCGCCAACGUGGUAGAAACGGUGCCCUGCCGGCCCGUGAAGGGCACCGUGAAGGACCUCCCCUGCGGGGAGAAGUACCAGCUGGCCUUCUUCUGCAUGGACACGGCCUGCGUGCUCAUCUUCACCUUUGAGUACCUGAUGCGGCUGUUCGCUGCACCUAGCCGCUGCAAGUUCAUGCGCUCGGUGAUGUCGGUGAUCGACGUGGUGGCCAUCAUGCCCUACUACAUUGGCCUGGUGAUGCCCGAGAACGAGGACGUGAGCGGCGCCUUCGUCACGCUCCGCGUCUUCCGCGUCUUCCGGAUCUUCAAGUUCUCGCGCCACUCGGCGGGGCUUCGCAUCCUGGGCUACACGCUGAAGAGCUGUGCGUCCGAGCUGGGCUUCCUGCUCUUCUCCCUGACCAUGGCCAUCAUCAUCUUCGCCACAGUCAUGUUCUACGCUGAGAAGGGCACCAAGGGCUCCAGUUUCACAUCCAUCCCGGCCUCCUUCUGGUACACCAUCGUCACCAUGACAACGCUGGGGUACGGCGACAUGGUUCCAAACACCAUUGCAGGGAAGAUCUUCGGUUCCAUCUGCUCUCUCAGCGGCGUGCUGGUUAUCGCCCUGCCAGUGCCAGUCAUUGUGUCCAACUUCAGCCGGAUCUACCACCAGAACCAGAGAGCAGACAAGAUGAGAGCACAGCAGAAAGUGCGUUUGGCUCGGAUCCGCAUGGCGAAGAAAGGAACAUCCAAUGCCUUCCUACAGUACAAAGAGGACCGAGGGCUUGGGGACCGUGACAGCGGCAGCACGGCUCUGUGUGUCAAGAACAGAUCUGCUUUUGAGCACCAACAUAAUCACCUGCUGCACUGUCUGGAAAAGACCACGAACCACGAGUUCACAGACGAGAUGACCUACAGCGAGCUGUGUAUGACCGAUUCGGUGGGCUUCAGGACCAGUCGCAGCACCUCCCUGUCCAGCCACCAGGGGGCGCAGAACAACUCCACCGGCUGCUGCCCCCGCCGGGCCCGGAGGAGAGCCGCCAUGCGACUGGCCAACUCCACGGUGUCCGUGAGCCGGGGCAGCGUCCAGGAGCUGGAGACACUGCACCUGAAGACCACCUCCAUACCGCCACAAACUCGUUCCAGUCUGAACGCCCAGCCGGACAACAUGAAGCUGAACUGCGGGGAACAAGAUUUCACGGCCGCCAUCAUCAGCAUCCCCACUCCACCUGCAAACACACCAGAUGAGAGCCUCCCCCCAUCACCUGCCCCCAUUCCUGGCAUCCUGCGCAACACCCGGGCCACCGCCUACACCCAUGAAUCCGUUAAAAUUUCUUCCUUAUAACCUCUGACUCCACUUCCUGCCCAACUCCCAAUCCUUGGCCCCACCAGUUACUUUCCCGACGACCCCCCCUGAACCUCUGAUCCUGGACCUGGGGCACUGCUUGCUGAGAUUGUGGACACAAGGACAACUCUGAUGGAUGCUUGGAGUGUUGCAGGUUGCUUUCACUUCCUCACAUCAGUGCGUGGAUUCCUGGAAAUGAUCAGAGUUGCACCGGCUGACCAGGAUGGAUGCUAAACGUAUGGUAAAACCAAACGGUAGCGGACGCAGGAAGUGAGCCGAAAUCACAGCCAGAGACCGGAGAGAAACAAAGAUAUUCUCAGCUCAGAGGAAUUAUGCAUAUCCACGCACUUGCCCCCCCCCCUGCACAAUUUGACCAUAAAGAUCCCAUCGCACAAACCCCAGGUGGGUUCAUCCUGGACGAUCAAUGGAAAAGAAGCCACGAUUCUUGAAGAGCUUGUUUGGUUUCUUUGGGUCCAUUUAGCUCUCGUCUUAACACGACCCUUCAGAGUUUAUGUUUGAAAUGACUGCAGAGGACAGAGGUCUUUUGUGAUGUUGGAAAAACUGACCAUUGGUCAGGUCUGGGAGGUUUGCUUGGAUUGAUCUCCUGCGGCAGAAGCGGCGUAGCACUUUGACUGAAGUAUUGCACCUGUUUUGCUUGAAAUAAUCAGAAGAUUAAACUUCACAUUAAAAGAGUUCGGGAGUAUGUCUCCGCAGUAGGGAAGAAAGGAAAUGGGGAACAAAGAAUUUGGGAUUUUGCCAGAAUCCAGUUGCGAAAGUAAGAAAAAAAAACAUUAAAAUAUUUAAUUGAUUUAAUUGAUGAUGGUGAAACCGCUGAAACAGCUGAAUCUACCACAUGAACUGCGUUUUGUGGAUGUGUCGCAGCAGCAAUGGCGGAUUCCACCUUCAGGAGCCCAACUGGUCUGAUCAGUGAUGGACUGAAGAUCCAGGACUGGAUAAGAACUGGUCUGGCUGUAGCCCCCAGGUGUUUGUCCCAGACCGGGAUCGAGAACCUUUUACUCUUUCAAAUAUGCAACAUUACAAGAAGCAGGAAAAUAGCAUCAACAAAUGAACAGAAUAAUCUCAAUAAUAAUUAUGUGUGUGUUUAAAAUCUACAGGAAGUAUUGCAGGGAACAAACUGUAAAUCAACUUAAACAUUUAUUUGUUAUGUGAUCUUUUAUUUGAGAGAAAACAUAGCGAGUAUUCUGCAAUAGAGUUAAAUGGGAAAGGAAAUGACCAACCCAAGUGCUCCUCAGCAUCAAUGUCACACUAGUGCUGAUAUGACUUGUAUUUUAAAUUGAAAUAGUUCUUCCUAUGUGUUCUGACCAGUGGUAAAGAUCUGCGUUGGUGCAGAGUUCAAGUAAUCUGCACAAAUGUUUGCAAAAAGAUCUAUGAACGCUGUCGUCCAAGUGCAUACAGGAUACAAGUUCCUACGUUUUUUCACGUUACCAGCAUGACCUGACUGCUUCCACCACACGUGUAGUGUAAAAAAUAAUGCGGAUAAAUCUCAAUGGUGAAUAGACCGCACUUCCACCGAGUCGUGUUAUGCAACAGUUGUGUGUGUAAUUUCACUUGAAAUUACAGAUGUUAUCCUACAAUGAAAAUUUUAAAAUGUCAUCUUUUAAAAUAUGACAACCUUCUCCCUAUAAUAUUCUGACUUUUUAGUUGAAAAAUGUACACAUUUAUUUUGAUCAAACUACUGCUUCUGUCUUGCAUAUUAUGACUUGUAAUAUUACAACUUUAUUAUUAUUAUUUUAUAAUUUAUUUUUCCCCCCUCCAACGUGGGCCUCAAAUUUCGUCAUACUGGGAGGUAGCUGGACACGGACACGCCGGACACGUGGAGAAAAAGCCAAAAGGUUUUGAAUUUAAACUGGUCAGAAAACAUUAUGUUGGAACAAAUAUGCAAAAACGCCACCACGUCCAGGUCGAGCAUAAACACAUUUUCCAGGAAACCACAAACUUUAAAAUAACAAUAAUAACAAUGAUUAAUUCCCGUGAAGCAGCAUUUCCAUCAGUGACGGGCCACAUGCGGCCGUGCUGCUAGGAGUCAUUGUCAGGAUAGUUUUGUUGGCAGGCACGGUAAAGAUACGCGUUAAAACCAACGCGGCCAUCUCAACGAGCGCACGCCCGCCACAGGCGACCUCUGCGGGAGCACUUGGGUGAAGCAUUUUCUCAAACCCUUGUAGACACGCAGACGGGACACGAACGUACAUACUGUAACAUAUUUUGUAUCAUAAAGUUUCACCUGCAUCUUCCAACCAAAUCCUUAAAAGAAAAAAAAAAGAAAAGAGAAGAAAGAGGUCAGGUACGAGCCUGCCGUCCCUCCGUGCAUGAGCCUCCUACAGUAGACGUAGCACUACGGAGUUUAUCAGCUUUAUCAGAGAAAAAAGACUAAACACAGUGGGGAGAAUAAUCUCAUCAUUUGUUCUUUUGCAUGAUGACGUUGGUUAUACUGGUUUACCCCCCUCACCCCGUCCUGAACUGUUUCCAUACGAGUGUUUGUGUCACUGAGGAGGAAUGGAGCAGGUUAUAUCAGCGAGCGGCUGCUCUGGGGAUCAUGUUCCUCGCCAGGAUGUGUGCGUGAGGACGUUUGUAUGGCCGUGUGUGUUUGUAUGAAGAGCCGUCACAAAUAUGCAUGGAUACCGUUGUAGGUAUUUUACCUGUUUUCUCCUGCAGCAUGAAGCGCGGCCGAGACGCGAGACUGAACCGCCUGCGUGCAUCAGGACUUCUGAAACAAUCCUCCCAGUUUGAUGUGUUUGAUUCGCUUUGUUCAGGACCUGUGGCUCCCAGCCGCCUCCGCCGCUUCACUUUACACGUUUAAAACGAAAAAUUCAUCAGGAAUACAUUAUUAAACACGCACACGCACAUAAUCAGCACGUUAAAAAUUUUUCAAAUAUAUUUUACUGUCCACACAUGAUGCGUUCAGGUACAACAGCCACAGGAGUGCAGUCGGAAGACAUUUAUAUUCAGAUAAAAACAUCUACAUUUGUGUUUAUAGUUGUGUGCGUGUGUGUGGUGUGUGUGAGUGAGUAGGGGUCUGUGGACUCUUUUCAAUUCAGUUCUUUCAUAGACCUUGAUAGCGCUGGAAUGCUAUCAGCCUAUCAGGUUCUGAGUCAGUUCCACAAAUGUCAUGAGGGGAAA